AGCCACAAAUGGAGACGCCGAAGUCUGUCUGAAUGAUCGUGUAUGUUUCCACCUGAUUGGAGUAGAAAUACAGUAGCUAGCGAGGUGGGUGGGACCUGUAGGAAUAUCUAUCUCCUAUUGCUGUCAGAUCUUUCACUCUUGGACCGUUCGGCCCUUUGGAAAUCGAGGUUUGAGGAACUUGGCUUCUCCAUUCAGCUUUAGCUAGCAUCUUCAUCUCUACCUCCGCAGUAAGUUGGCUAACGUUGCACCGAGAACUGAUACAAAACUAAAUGACUCAAAGCUUUCACUGUCGGAUAACGAAUGUUGGAGACGGAAUUAUGACGUGUGUGUGUGCGCGUAGUUUAGCGGUUAAGAUGGAUGUGCUACAAGUGUAACAUAGCCUAUAUCAAUCUGAGUACUUCUUAGCACGUUCGGUUCCUUAAUCAAUGGGUCAGGACCUUUGGGUUUCAUAGCUAGAUGAUUUUGAGCUACUCGCGGUAGUUGCUAACGGUGCGCCUGAGAAUGUUACAAAACUGAAAACACACAUUAAAACGCAUGCGGACGUGUUGGCGAAUAUGACGUGUGGAUUAGCGCUAGUAGGUAAGAAUGUGCAAAAGUAUAGAUACCUCUAUACGAAUUCACGAAGAGUCAUUCUAAACAGAUGUCUCUACCAUAACAAAUUGCGUGGCCACAGGUCCUUGGCUUUUUAACAAAUAAUUUUGUUAAUCGGCAUGGGUAGGGUUAGGGCGCCUUUGUGCAUAUGCUUACGCAAGUCAGUAUGGUAAGGUACAUAGCAUAGACGGAGGGUUAGGGUAGGGCUAGGGAAUUAGCUUUCCUAAGUAAUGGUAGAUUAUAUAGUAGCCUGCUAAGCGAAUUUAAGGUCAUUGGUAUAGGCAUAGCCUACAGUCGGAAGGGUUAGGGUUAGGGUUAGGGUGUAGGCAUAGCCUACAGUCGGAAGGGUUAGGGUUAGGGUUAGGGUGUAGGCAUAGCCUACAGUCGGAAGGGUUAGGGUUAGGGUUAGGGUGUAGGCAUAGCCUACAGUCGGAAGGGUUAGGGUUAGGGUUAGGGUGUAGGCAUAGCCUACAGUCGGAAGGGUCCGCAAUUUGAGCAGUGCGUGCUGCAAAUACCAAAAUAGAUUAUAAUUGAGUUGCGACUGUCAGUGAAAAGCGGAGACCCAGCCAGGCAUAUCGCAAUAUUAAAAAAUACGAUGGCGGAAAAACAGUUUGGAAAGCAAAUGUUUAUUGCUGUAAAGAGAUUACAUGAAAAUACUCUAAUCUGUCUUUAAGUGAUCAACAUUCUUAACUUAAUUGGGCGAACAGUAGCCUAUCGUAUUGGCACCAACUGAGAACAUCGGCCAUAUCCCCAGUGAGUGUGCAUAUUCACUGUCUUUAUCAUUGGGUCAGUGCCACUUGUUUGUUUUUUUGGACAAUAAUUUCUUCCUCCAGGUUAGAUGGAAGUCAUAUUAUAUUUGUGUCUCCCCUUCUCGUAGGCCGAUUAUAUGGACAACGUUGUUUUUAUUGAUCUGUUUGUCAGUGUCAGCAGAGUAGGCUACCCUGUAAUCUUUGUAGUAUAAAAAAAUAAAAUAAAUCCUUACAUCUACGUUCAUCCCUGUGUACACUACACGAUGUUGGUCCCGUUUCUGUCCCAGACAAGUUUUUGAGAUAUGAGACAACAUCCCCAUGUCUGUUUACUCGGGGCGCGCGAGCUUCACCGAUGCUCGUUUAAUGUGAGCGGGUCUGAGACGCAAUCUGGGUGCUACCGAGGUCGUCUUUGAACAGUCCCGAUGUUUCCAAACAUGUUUUAUUUUAUCGGCACAAUCUGCAAUGCUCGUGUAGUGUGAGAUGUGCAACGACAAGUUUUGAGAACUGUGAUCAUCAAUAGCCAAUGAAAGCUCGCCAGAGAAGAAGCCAGUGAUUUGAUGAUAUUGUUGGGCAUCACGCAGAAUGUGUAGACUCACGAACAGGAGCGAUGUCUACUACUAGUCUGCGUCUGUACUUGCCUUUAACCAAAGCCAAAGUGUCAAAUCAUUACAGCUCAGAAGUGCACAAGCAACGUUAUUCAAUUCAAAAUGUUGGCUAGACAUUUCAACUCUGUAUGGCAAGUGUGAAUGUCUGACUGAAUGUCUGAGACUGCUUUGAGCCAGACAGCGCGGGAUGGAGAAUCCUCACGACCAAGUGAAGAAUCUUGUAGUGUGACCCCAGUCUGUGCCACAUCGUUUAGUGUGCUCACUACUAUAAAGGCAAGACAAAAAAACCGACAGUCAUUUAAUGUGAGAGGCUCAGCGAUGUUAGGAUUUUGAAAGACAUGUAGUGUACACCAGGCUUAAGCGUAAGGUUGGGGGAUUCGAACCAGCUUUUCGACCUAUGUGAAAAAUCUGUUGAUGUGCACUUGAGUAAGGCACUUUACCUUGACUGCGCCUGUAAGUCGCUUUGGAUAAGUGUGUGUGUGAGCGAGAGAGGUUAUCCGUUUGUCAUUAGUAUCUCAGUAGCAGACCACCCUGCAGGCUGGCUGGCCUCUGAAGCUGAGCAGGGUCGGUCCUGGUCAGUACCUGGAUGGGGGAGCACAUUGCUGAUUGAUGCACUCCACCAACAUUUAUACUGAACAAAAUUAUAAACGCAACAUGUAACAAUUUAAGAUUUUACUGAGUUACAGUUCAUAUAAAGGAAAUCAGUUAAUUGAAAUAAAUUCAUUCUGCAUAUAUAUAUUUCAAAUGACUGGGAAUACAGAUAUGCAUCUGUUGGUCACAGUUACCUUAACAAAAUGGGGUGUGGAUCAGAAAACCAGUCAGUAUCUGCCAAAUUCUCUCAUGAUGGACGCGGCUUAUGGUAGAUAAUUUAACCGUAAAUUCUCUGGCAACAGCUCUGGUGGACGUUCCUGCAAUCAGCCUGCCAAUUGCACGCUCCCUCAACUUGAGACAUCUGUGGCAUUGUGUUGUGUGACAAAACUGCACAUUUUAGAGUGGCCUUUUAUUGUCCCCAGCACAAGAUGCACCUGGGUAAUGAUCAUGCUGUUUAAUCAGCUUCUUGAUAUGCCACACCUGUCAGGUGGAUGGAUUAUCUUGGCAAAGUAGAAAUGCUCACUAACGGGGAUGUAAACAAAUGUGUGCCAAAAAAUUGUGAGAGAAAUAAGCUUUUUGUGCGUAUGGAGCAUUUCUGGGAUCUUUUUAUUUUAGCUCAUGAAACAUGGGACCAACACUUUACAUGUUGGGUUUAUAUUUCUGAACGCUAUAGUUAUGUUCCUCUAGUCAAGCCUCUACCCAGCCCUUACCCUCUGAUGCUUAGGCAAUAUUCAGAUUCUCUGCCCUCCUCAUGGAUUUAAAAGCAAUGGACUGGUGUGAAGAAUAUGGCGGAAACUCCCUCCGGUUAUGCUUUCACCAAUCCAGUGCUUUUAAAUGAAUGAAGGGGACUGAACAAGUGCACACUUCAGUAGAACGAUAGAGAAUCGGAACACAGCCUCAGCCUCCUAUGAAGGGGCAGCUGGUAACAUCUCUCUCACUUAUUGGCAGAUGGCGAAAAGCCCAGUCCGAGCCGCUGGUGUCCCCCACCCCUACUGGCCGCGGGACCUGUCCAUCCCAGGCUACGUGGCCAACGAUAGGUCAAUGCAUGAGAUCCUGUCCUUUCUGUUCUCUGUGUCGGGUCUCUUCAUGCUGUCCAGCUGGGUCCUGACGGGCCGGGAGUGGGCCAGGGAUGGCCAAGGUCAGGGGUUCGGCGUGGCCAGGCGGCUGGCUAUCUGCUGGUUUGCUGUCUGUGGGUUCAUCCACGGGGUCAUUGAGGGAUGGUUCUCUCUCUAUUAUGACAUCAUCCCCUCAGACCAGAGCUUCCUGUCUCAGCUGUGUAAGUAGAACCUAGUACUAGAACCCUCUAGUAGAACCUCCAUUCACUACUAUAACCUAGUACUAGAACCCUAUGGUAGAACCUCCAUUCACUACUAUAACCUAGUACUAGAACUCUCUAGUAGAACCUCCAUUCACUACUAUAACCUAGUACUAGAACCCUCUAGUAGAACCUCCAUUCACUACUAUAACCUAGUACUAGAACCCUCUAGUAGAACCUCCAUUCACUACUAUAACCUAGUACUAGAACCCUCUAGUAGAACCUCCAUUCACUACUAUAACCUAGUACUAGAACCCUCUAGUAGAACCUCCAUUCACUACUAUAACCUAGUACUAGAACCCUAUGGUAGAACCUCCAUUCACUACUAUAACCUAGUACUAGAACCCUAUGGUAGAACCUCCAUUCACUACUAUAACCUAGUACUAGAACCCUAUGGUAGAACCUCCAUUCACUACUAUAACCUAGUACUAGAACCCUCUGGUAGAACCUCCAUUCACUACUAUAACCUAGUACUAGAACCCUCUAGUAGAACCUCCAUUCACUACUAUAACCUAGUACUAGAACCCUCUAGUAGAACCUCCAUUCACUACUAUAACCUAGUACUAGAACCCUCUAGUAGAACCUCCAUUCACUACUAGAACAUAGUACUAGAACCCUCUAGUAGAACCUCCAUUCACUACUAUAACCUAGUACUAGAACCCUCUAGUAGAACCUCCAUUCACUACUAUAACCUAGUACUAGAACCCUAUGGUAGAACCUCCAUUCACUACUAUAACCUAGUACUAGAACCCUAUGGUAGAACCACCAUUCACUACUAGAACCUAGUACUAGAACCCUCUGGUAGAACCUCCAUUCACUACUAGAACCUAGUACUAGAACCCUCUAGUAGAACCUCCAUUCACUACUAUAACCUAGUACUAGAACCCUCUAGUAGAACCUCCAUUCACUACUAUAACCUAGUACUAGAACCCUCUAGUAGAACCUCCAUUCACUACUAUAACCUAGUACUAGAACCCUCUAGUAGAACCUCCAUUCACUACUAUAACCUAGUACUAGAACCCUCUAGUAGAACCUCCAUUCACUACUAUAACCUAGUACUAGAACCCUAUGGUAGAACCUCCAUUCACUACUAUAACCUAGUACUAGAACCCUCUAGUAGAACCUCCAUUCACUACUAUAACCUAGUACUAGAACCCUCUAGUAGAACCCUCCAGUAGAACCUCCGGUCUCUUCUAGAACCCUCCUAUUGCAAGGAAAAGAGAACCCACAACAAGUAGAAUGUAACUAACAGAACGUUGUCUUCUCUCUUUGUCCACAGGGAAGGAGUACUCCAGAGGAGACAGCAGAUAUGUCAUGUAAGUUUUUUUUCUUUGUAAACUGUUGGUCCCAUGUUUAAUGAGCUGAAAUAAAAGAUCCCAGAAAUGUUCCAUAUGCACAAAAAGCUUAUUUCUCUCACAACCGCAGAGGGGGUGGGGGGAAAUGACUAUAGCGACGCAGAAUGACUAUUGAGGGGGAAUGACUAUAGGGGAGCAGAAUGACUAUUGAGGGGGAAUGACUAUAGGGGAGCAGAAUGACUAUUGAGGGGGUGGGGGGGGAAUGACUAUAGGGGAGCAGAAUGACUAUUGAGGGGGAAUGACUAUAGGGGAGCAGCAUGACUAUUGAGGGGGUGGGGGGGGAAUGACUUGAGCGGGAAGAUCUAUGAGGGAUGACAUAGAAUGACUAUUGAGGGGGAAUGACCAUAGGGGAGCAGAAUGACUAUUGAGGGGGAAUGACCAUAGGGGAGCAGAAUGACUAUUGAGGGGGAAUGACCAUAGGGGAGCAGCAUGACUAUUGAGGGGGAAUGACUAUAGGGGAGCAGAAUGACUAUUGAGGGGAAUGACUUGGGAGCAGCAUGACUAUUGAGGGGGAAUGACUAUAGGGGAGCAGCAUGACUAAUAACAGGAUGACUAUUGAGGGGAAUGACUUGCGGCACAGCAUGACUAUUGAGGGGGAAUGACUAUUGAGGGGAAUGACUUGCAGAGCAACAUGACUAUUGAGGGGGAAUUACUAUAGGGGAGCAACAUGACUAUUGAGGGGAAUGACUAUGGGGAGCAGCUGACUAUUAGGGGAAUUACCAUUGGGGCAGCUAAUGGGAUGAAGCGGAUAUUAAUUGAGGUGAUGAGCAUGAUAUUGAGGGGAAUGACUGAUCUGACAUGGGGAUUACAUGGGAGCAGUACAUGGGAAUGGGGGAAUUAUAUAGGGGAGCAGCAUGACUAUUAUGGGAAUACUAUUGAGGGGUGACAUGGGGCAGCAGCAAUGACUAUUGAGGGGAAUGACUAUAGGGGAGCAGCAUGACUAUUGAGGGGGAAUGACUAUGGGGAGCAGCAUGACUAUUGAGGGGGAAUGACUAUAGGGGAGCAGCAUGACUAUUGAGGGGGAAUGACUAUAGGGGAGCAGCAUGACACUGAGGGGGAAUGACUAUAGGGGAGCAGCAUGACUAUUGAGGGGGAAUGACUAUAGGGGGAGCAGCAUGACUAUUGAGGGGGAAUGACUAUAGGGGAGCAGCAUGACUAUUGAGGGGGAAUGACUAUAGGGGAGCGGCAUGACUAUUGAGGGGUGGGGAAUGACUAUAGGGGAGCGGCAUGACUAUUGAGGGGGUGGGGGGAAUGACUAUAGGGGAGCGGCAUGACUAUUGAGGGGGAAUGACUAUAGGGGAGCGGCAUGACUAUUGAGGGGGUGGGGGGAAUGACUAUAGGGGAGCAGAAUGACUAUUGAGGGGGUGGGGGGGAAUGACUAUAGGGGAGCGGCAUGACUAUUGAGGGGGUGGGGGGGAAUGACUAUAGGGGAGCGGCAUGACUAUUGAGGGGGAAUGACUAUAGGUGACCAAGUGAAAUAAAAACAUUUAAAAAACCAGUAAUAAUAUACAGUGCAUUCGGAAGGUAUUCAGACCCCUUGACUUUUUCCGCAUUUUGUUACGUUACAGCCUUAUUCUAAAAUGGAUAAAUAAAUCUACACCCAAUACCCCAUAAUGACCCAAUACCCCAUAAUGACCCAAUACCCCAUAAUGACCCAAUACCCCAUAAUGACCCAAUACCCCAUAAUGACCCAAUACCCCAUAAUGACAAAGCGAAAACUGGUUAUUAUAAUUUUUUGCUAAUGUAUAAAAAAUAAGCAAACUGACACCUUUUAUUUACAUAAGUAUUCAGACCCUUCGCUGUGAGACUCGAAAUUGAUUUCAGGUGCUUCCUGUUUCCAUUGAUCAUCCUUGAGAUGUUUCUACAACUGGAUUGGAGUCCACCUGUAGGAAUUUCAAUUGAUUAGACAUGAUUUGGAAAGGCACAUGCAUCUCUAUAUAAGGUCCCACAGUUGACAGUGCAUGUCAGAGCAAAAACCAAGCCAUGAGGUCGAAGGAAUUGUCCGUAAAGCUCUGAUACAAGUGUGUCGUGGCACAGAUCUGGGGAAGGGUACCAAAACAAUUAUGCAGCAUUGAAGGCCUCCAUUCUUAAAUGGAAGAAGUUUAGAACCACCAAGAAUCUUCCUAGAGCUGGCCGCCCGGCCAAACGGAGCAAUCGGGGGGAGAAGGGCCUUGGUCAGGGAGGUGACCCGAUGGUCACUCUGACAGAGCUCUAGGCUUCCUCUGUGGACAUGGGAGAACCUUCCAGAAGGACAACCAUCUCUGCAGACUCUACCAAUCAGGCCUUUAUGGUAAAGUGGCCAGAUGGAAGCCACUCCUCAGUAAAAGCCACAUGACAGCCCGCUUGGAGUUUGCCAAAAGGCACCUAAAGGACUCUCAGACCAUGAGAAACAAGAUUCUCUGGUCUGAUGAAACCAAGAUUGAACUCUUUGGCGUAAAUGCCAAGCGUCACGUCUGGAGGAAACCUGGCACCAUCCCUACGGUGAAGCACGGUGGUGGCCGCAUCAUACUGUGGGGAUGUUUUUCAGCGGCAGGGACAGGGAGACUACUCAGGAUCGAGGCAAAGAUGAACGGAGCAGAGUACAGAGAGAACCUGCUCCAGAUCUCUCAGGACCUCAGACUGGGGCAAAGGUUCACGUUCCAACAGGAGAACAACCCUAAGCACACAGCCAAGACAACGCAGGAGUGGCUUCGGGACAAGUCUCUGAAUGUCCUUGAGUGGCCCAGCCAGAGCCCGGACUUGAACCCGAUCGAACACCUCUGGAGAGACCUGAAAUUGGCUGUGCAGCAACGCUUCCCAUCUGACUGAGCUUGAGAGGAAUGGGAGAAACUCCCCAAAUACAGGUGUGCCAAGCUUGUAGCGUCAUACCCAAGAAGACUCGAGGCUGUAAUCGCUGCCAAAAGUGCUUCAACAAAGUACGGAGUUGACGUACCAGACUGUGAUUCAGCCCGACAGUAUGCUCUCGAUGGUGCUCCUGUAGAACACUGUGAGGCCCUCGGACAGGCCACAUUUCUUCAGCCUCCUGAGGUUGAAGAGUCACUGUCGUGCCUUCUUCACUAAGGUGUCCGUGAGGUUAGACCAUUUCAGCUCCUCUGAGAUGUGUACGCCGAGGAAUUUGAAGUUAUUAACGGUCUGCACACGGCCCCGUUGAUGAGGAUGGGGGCGUGUCCAGCCUGGUUCCUCCUGAAGUCCACAAUCGGCUCCUUUGUUUUGCAAACGUUGAGGGAGAGGUUGUUUACCUGGCACCAUGCUGUCAGAGUGCCUCCCUCCUCUCUGUAGGCUCUCGUCGUUGUUGGUAAUCAGGCCUACUGCUGUUGCGUCGUCAGCGAACUUGAUGAUGGAGUUGGAACUGUGUGAGCCUACGCAGUCGUGGGUAUACAGAGAAUACAGGAGGGGACUGAGGACGCACUCUUGUGGGGCCCCUGUGUUGAGGAUUAGUGUGGAGGAGGGAAUGUUGCCUACCUUCACCACCAGGGGGCGGCCCGUCAGGAAGUCCAGGACCCAGUUGCAGAGGGGGGAGUUCAGACCCAGGGCUGUGAGCUUUGUGAUGAGUUUAUAGGGCACUAUAGUAUUGAAAGCCGAGCUGUAGUCGAUCAACAGCUUUCUCACAUAUGUAUUCCUUUUGUCCAGGUGGGUAAGGGCAGUGUGCAGGGCAAUGGCGAUUGCGAUUGCGUUGUUAGGUGACCUGGUAGGUGAAUUGGAGAGGGUGGAGUGUGUCAAGGAGGUGAUAUGAUCUUUGAUUAGCCUCUCAAAGCACUACUGACUGGUUUUCUAAUCCACGCUUUUUAUUUUUUUAAGGUACAGUGUCUGUGACCAACCGAUGCAUAUCAGUAUUCCCAGUCAUGUGAAAUACAUAGAUUAGGGUCUAAUGAAUUUUAUUUCAAUUGACUGAUUUCCUCAUGAACUAACUCAGUCAAAUCUUUGAAAUUAUGCAUGUUGUGUUUUAUAUUUUUGUUCAGUAUACUAACUGUAGGCUAAGGAGAACAAUUAAAUCAACUGCGGAGUGUUCUCCCCCCUCCUGUUCUAUCUCCCUCUCUGUGUAGAGCUGAUAACUUCACGGUGUGUAUGGAGACAGUAACAGCCUGGUUCUGGGGUCCAUUCAGUUUGUGGACGGUGUUUGCCUUCCUGGCCAACAAACCAUACCGCUUUGUCCUGCAACUGAUUGUCUCUCUUGGUAGGUACACUGGUAGGGUACCUUGGGGGUGGGGGGGUGGAGGCGUAAACCCUAUGAGCUGAUUACCUGGUGGGGGUGGGGGGGGGGUGUAACCCUAUGAACUGAUUACCUGUGGGGGUGGGGGGGGGUGGUAAAACCCUAUGAGCUGAUUACCUGUGGGGGUGGGGGGGGGGGGGGUGUAAACCCUAUGAACUGAUUACCUGUGGGGGUGGGGUGGGGUGUAAACCCUAUGAACUGAUUACCUGUGGGGGUGGGGGGGGGUGUAAACCCUAUGAGCUGAUUAACCUGUGGGGGUGGGGGGGGGGGGUGUAAACCCUAUGAAACUGAUUACCUGUGGGGGUGGGGGGGGGUGUAAACCCUAUGAACUGAUUACCUGUGGGGGUGGGGGGGGGGGGGUGUAAACCCUAUGAGCUGAUUACCUGUGGGGGUGGGGGGGGUGUAAACCCUAUGAACUGAUUACCUGUGGGGGUGGGGGGGGGUGUAAACCCUAUGAACUGAUUACCUGUGGGGGGUGGGGGGGGGUGUAAACCCUAUGAACUGAUUACCUGUGGGGGUGGGGGGGGGGGGGGUGUAAACCCUAUGAACUGAUUACCUGUGGGGGUGGGGGGGGUGUAAACCCUAUGAACUGAUUACCUGUGGGGGUGGGGGGGGUGUAAACCCUAUGAGCUGAUUACCUGUGGGGGUGGGGGGGGGUGUAAACCCUAUGAACUGAUUACCUGUGGGGGUGGGGGGGGUGUAAACCCUAUGAGCUGAUUACCUGUGGGGGUGGGGGGGGUGUAAACCCUAUGAACUGAUUACCUGUGGGGGUGUAAACCCUAUGAGCUGAUUACCUGUGGGGGUGGAUGUGUAAACCCUAUGAGCUGAUUACCUGUGGGGGUGGAUGUGUAAACCCUAUGAACUGAUUACCUGUGGGGGUGGAUGUGUAAACCCUAUGAGCUGAUUACCUGUGGGGGUGGAUGUGUAAACCCUAUGAACUGAUUACCUGUGGGGGUGUCCUCUGUCUCCAGGUCAGCUGUGUGUGUUAACCCCUGUCCUCUGUCUCCAGGUCAGCUGUGUAUGUGUUAACCCCUGUCCUCUGUCUCCAGGUCAGCCCUGUCCUCUGUCUCCAGGUCAGCUGUGUGUGUGUUAACCCCUGUCCUCUGUCUCCAGGUCAGCCCUGUCCUCUGUCUCCAGGUCAGCUGUGUGUGUUAACCCCUGUCCUCUGUCUCCAGGUCAGCCCUGUCCUCUGUCUCCAGGUCAGCUGUGUGUGUUAACCCCUGUCCUCUGUCUCCAGGUCAGCCCUGUCCUCUGUCUCCAGGUCAGCCCUGUCCUCUGUCUCCAGGUCAGCUGUGUGUGUUAACCCCUGUCCCCUGUCUCCAGGUCAGCCCUGUCCUCUGUCUCCAGGUCAGCUGUGUGUGUGUUAACCCCUGUCCUCUGUCUCCAGGUCAGCCCUGUCCUCUGUCUCCAGGUCAGCUGUAUGUGUUAACCCCUGUCCUCUGUCUCCAGGUCAGCCCUGUCCUCUGUCUCCAGGUCAGCUGUAUGUGUGUUAACCCCUGUCCUCUGUCUCCAGGUCAGCUUUAUGGGGCGGUCCUGUAUUUUUACACAGAGCACCGUGAUGGUUACAGCCACAGUCAGAUGGGACAUCCUCUGUACUUCUGGUUCUAUUUUGUCUUCAUGAACGUCCUCUGGAUCAUCAUUCCUCUGGUCCUCAUACUGGACGCAUGGAGACACAUGCAGCAGGCCCAGACACACACUGACCUGGCCCAGAAGGAGAAGAUGAACUGAUGAGAGGAGGGGGGGUGUAACAAAGGAUCAUAUAACAAUAGCUUGAUUGAGAAAGGGAGAUAUUUUAGCGCUGUUGAACAGAACUCUGAAUAAUAAUGCUAAUAAUGUGUAAACUGACCAAACAAAACAAUGUUGAGAUGCACUGUAUCAUGUGUGUGUGGAUUGUAUAGAAUCUUUUCCAUUAUGCAAUGGGCCUUUUCCCUUUUUCUAAACUGAUUAAACACAUGAAGACAA